AUGGCUUCCCAACGGCCCACCAUUGAGCUAGGCACAGUCCUCAUCGUCGGCGGCUGCGGGUUCCUCGGCUGGAACAUCGUCAACCAGCUGCUCGACUUCCCCUCCGAAACCGACGCCUCAGUCGCGCUUCCUCGAAUCGAAAACGACGCUCGCUUCGAAUACCCGCCGCUGAAGGGACGAUACCCCAAAUACGAAAACACCCAAGUCCAUGUUGUAGACUUGCGCAUAACGAACAACCGCCUGCCAGGCGCAGAGUAUCACCAGGGCGAUCUUACCUCGGUAACGUCUAUGUUGGAGGUGUUUCGCAAAGUCCAGCCAGAUGUUGUGAUCCAUACUGCUGCCCCCGUGCCAUUGGGCUCGACCGAUGAAAUGCUGCGGAAAGUGAAUGUUGAUGGGACGAGGACCCUAGUCGAGGUUGCCAGCGGCGUACAUGGCGACUGGGGCAAGAAGUGCGAAGCGUUUGUGUACACAAGUUCAUCGUCAGUAGUGCAUGAUACGCGGAGUGACUUGAUCAAUGUCAAUGAGGACUGGCCAUAUGUGCGCGGAAAACUGCAGGGCGAAUACUAUUCCGAGACAAAGGGCCUCGCCGAAGAACUCGUCCUCAAAGCCAACAAAACCAACCCUUCCGGCAUGCUCACCUGCGCCGUGCGCCCAGCAGGUAUCAUGGGCGAAAAGGACACAUUACUAUCCUACAAAAUGCUGGAACAAGGCUACCUCGGCUCCAACCUCUCGCUGCGCUUCCAACUCGGCGAAAACAACAACCUCUUCGACUUCACCUACGUCGGCAACGUCGCGCACGGCCAUUUACUGGCCGCGCGCGGCCUCCUCGCCAGCGCAGCACGCUACCAAAUAGGCAAAGACGCACCGCUCGACUACGAGCGCAUCGACGGCGAAGCAUUCAACCUCACCAACGACGCGCCCAUGUAUUUCUGGGACUUUGUGCACGCGCUCUGGGCCCUCCUCGACCGUCCCGUGGACCCGUCCGAAGUCUGGCCUUUACCCGAGGGCCUCCUACAGAUCAUCGGCGGUAUUGCCGAGGGCGUAUUUGCCUUGCUCGGCCGCACGCCGCGUCUGAACCGCAAGGUCGUGCGGUACUCGUGCAUGACGCGCUUCUUUUCCUGCCGCAAGGCAAAGGAGAGAUUGGGCUAUGAGGCUGUUGUCGGUAUGCCAGAGGCAAUUGCGCGAACAGUGAGUUACUGGGUUGCUAAUUAUCAUCCUGCGUCGGGGAAGAAGACGCAGUAA